AUGUCCUCCCAAGUGCUCCCCUACCGCCGCGAGUCCACCGAGGAGCUGAACAUCGAAGAAACCAGCCGCUCCAGCAGCCCCAAGAAGUUCUACGAGGACAAGACGACCUUGAACACGAAGAAGAGCUUCUGUAUCGAUGCGCUGCUGUCGCCGGAGUCAAGUCUGCAGGAUAAGAUGACGCACCAGAAGUAUCUGGCGUUUAUUCAGAACAAGAAUUAUAUUACUAGGUACCAAGACAACUACGACGCUCAAAUAGAACAGAACACGAUCAACAAGUUCCCCGAGAGCGGCUCCGGGCAGAGCAGUCCCCGCAGCGGCAGCCCAGGGUCUGAUGACGGGAACCGAUCAGGGUCCUACAGCCCACCCAUCUCACCAGGAGUUGAGGGUGGCAAUGAAGAGUACGAGAGUUAUAGACCUGGAAUAGUCCCGAAGCCAGGACUCCUGCCACAGCCGCCUGUGAUGGCGCAGUCCCCCCUCUUCAACUACCAGAUGCCAGGCCCCCUGCCCUCAGCCUUCCACCACCCUGGAGACAGGGUCCUGCAUCACAUGCAGCUGGAGUGGCUGGCCAGGACUGGGAUGUUCUACCAUCGGAUACCAGAGCUUGGAGGCGCGCCCCACGCACUGCUCGGCAAGACGCGGCGCCCGCGCACUGCCUUCACCUCCCAACAACUGCUGGAACUGGAGAAACAGUUCCGCAUGAACAAGUACCUGUCGCGGCCUAAACGGUUCGAGGUCGCCACCAGCCUCAUGCUGACUGAGACACAGGUAAAAAUCUGGUUCCAAAACCGGCGUAUGAAGUGGAAACGCUCCAAAAAGGCGCAACACGACACGAAAAAAGACCACGCGAGCGACGACAAAAAAGCACCCAAUAAAGAACCUACCACAGAGCAGGAAAAACCUCAGCUGGCAGACAUGACAGCUGUCAAACCGCCCGCCAUGUUGGACAGGGACAGAAUUAUCGCGCUGGAGAGAGAAAGAGCAAUAGCGGCGGCGAACUUUAAUUCGAAUUUAGACAACAGACGGGGAUUGGUGGUGAUGAAUCAAGAUGGCGGGCGGUCCGCUGAUAUGUUUAGGCCGUAUGUGGUAUGAAAUUAAGGGUUUUUUUGUUUGUUUUUCCGUUUUUACUGUUGGUGGUAUUUAUUUUUAAUUUUUGAUGUACGUAAAGAGAAUAUUUUGUUUUUUUU